AGACGCACAGCUCCGAUGCUCCGCCGCCAGCGCUGGCAUACGUGGAAUACAUUAGAUCAUACACUUACCACCAUGGCCAGCGAGCAAACGAUUGAUGGAGCAGCCGCAAUCCCCAGCGGCGCCGGCGACGAACCCUUCCUGGGCCUGCUGGACGUGGCCCUACUGGCGGUGCUCAUCGGCGGAGCAGCCUUCUACUUCCUGCGCAGCCGCAAGAAGGAGGAGGAGCCAACCAGGAGCUAUUCCAUACAGCCCACCACAGUGUGCACCACCAGCGCGUCGGACAACUCGUUCAUCAAGAAGCUGAAGGCAUCCGGACGCAGUCUGGUCGUUUUCUAUGGCUCGCAGACAGGAACCGGCGAGGAGUUCGCUGGCCGUCUGGCCAAGGAGGGCAUUCGUUACCGGCUGAAGGGCAUGGUUGCCGAUCCCGAGGAGUGCGAUAUGGAGGAGCUGCUGCAGCUGAAGGACAUCGACAACUCCUUGGCGGUCUUCUGCCUGGCCACCUACGGCGAAGGAGAUCCCACGGACAACGCCAUGGAGUUCUACGAGUGGAUCACCAGCGGCGAUGUCGAUUUGACCGGGCUAAAUUAUGCGGUCUUUGGCUUGGGCAACAAGACCUACGAGCACUACAACAAGGUGGCCAUCUAUGUGGACAAGCGGCUGGAGGAGCUGGGCGCCAACCGGGUCUUUGAACUCGGACUGGGUGACGAUGAUGCCAACAUCGAGGAUGACUUCAUCACGUGGAAGGACCGCUUCUGGCCCGCCGUCUGCGACCACUUCGGCAUUGAGGGCGGCGGCGAGGAAGUGCUCAUCCGUCAGUACCGUCUGCUGGAGCAGCCAGAGGUGCAGCCUGACCGCAUAUACACGGGAGAGAUCGCCCGCCUUCACUCGAUUCAGAACCAGCGACCGCCCUUCGACGCCAAGAACCCCUUCCUGGCCCCCAUCAAGGUCAACCGCGAGCUGCACAAGGGCGGCGGUCGCUCCUGCAUGCACAUUGAGCUGAGCAUCGAUGGAUCCAAAAUGCGCUACGACGCCGGAGACCAUGUGGCCAUGUUCCCUGUUAACGACAAGAGUCUGGUGGAGAAACUUGGCGAGCUGUGCAAAGCCGAUCUGGAUACUGUGUUCUCGCUGAUCAACACCGAUACGGACAGCAGCAAGAAGCACCCAUUCCCUUGCCCCACCACGUACCGCACGGCUCUGACCCACUACUUGGAAAUUACGGCUAUACCCCGCACGCACAUCCUCAAGGAGCUCGCCGAGUAUUGUACUGACGAGAAGGAGAAGGAGUUGCUGCGCAGCAUGGCCUCCAUCAGUCCCGAAGGAAAGGAGAAAUACCAGAGCUGGAUUCAAGACGCGUGCCGCAACAUUGUCCACAUUCUGGAAGACAUCAAAUCCUGUCGCCCACCCAUCGAUCACGUUUGCGAACUGCUGCCCCGCUUGCAGCCCCGCUACUACUCCAUCUCGUCGUCUUCUAAGCUGCACCCCACUGAUGUCCACGUAACAGCCGUUCUCGUGGAGUACAAGACUCCGACAGGGCGCGUCAACAAGGGUGUGGCCACCACAUAUCUGAAGAACAAGCAACCUCAAGGCGGUGAGGAAGUAAAGGUGCCCGUAUUCAUCCGCAAGUCGCAGUUCCGUUUGCCAUCGAAGCCGGAGACGCCUAUCAUUAUGGUGGGUCCUGGCACGGGAUUGGCUCCCUUCCGCGGUUUCAUUCAGGAGCGACAGUUCCUGCGCGAUGACGGCAAGACCGUGGGCGAGUCGAUUCUCUACUUUGGCUGCCGUAAGCGCAGCGAGGACUACAUCUACGAAUCCGAGUUGGAGGAGUGGGUAAAGAAGGGCACUCUCAACCUGAAGGCCGCCUUUUCUCGUGACCAGGGCAAGAAGGUCUAUGUGCAGCACCUGCUCGAACAGGACGCAGAUCUUAUUUGGAACGUGAUUGGCGAGAACAAGGGACACUUCUACAUAUGCGGUGAUGCGAAGAACAUGGCCGUGGACGUUAGGAACAUUUUAGUGAAAAUUUUGUCCACUAAGGGUAACAUGAGCGAGGCUGACGCCGUGCAGUAUAUCAAGAAGAUGGAGGCUCAGAAGCGCUACUCGGCCGAUGUCUGGAGUUAAUCUAAUCCAAAAGCCAACCGAUAAGCGUAAAGUUUUCUAGUUCACUAAGAUAUGUAUGUAAGAGUAAUUUUUGGUUUGGGAACUCCAUGCUGCAGUUCAACAAACGAAUGAGUAACGAUUAAGUGUAUGUCUAGUGUAAUUGACUCUAGCUUGACCCUGGACUGUUUGAUGGGACAAACUGAGAUGGAAUCUAAGUAAUGAAAUGAGCGGAGUAACAAGUUAUCGAUUAAGUAGCUGUGUACGAGUGCAGAUUAGUUAAAGUCCUUUAUACAAGCAAUUUAAUUUGUAUUCUCUUGGUGAUUUCAAUACAAAAACGAAACAUGAUGUGCAAUUAAACAGUGACAUUGCAAUUGUAUUUUUAUAAAUAAAGAAAAGUACGGUUGACUUCUUUAA